AUGCGAGCUCUGUCAGUGAAGAACAAAUUGGGCUUCAUCGAUGGAAGUUGUGAGAGACCAAAUGCAAAUUCACCUCAAUUGCGCCAAUGGCAGAGGUGUGACGAUAUGGUAACAUCUUGGAUUUUGAAUUCAUUGAUUAAAGAAAUCUCAGACAGUGUGGAGUAUGUGAAUGAUUCUGCUGAACUUUGGAAGGAAUUAGAAGAUAGAUACGAUCAAACAAAUGGGGCAAAAUUGUAUGAGAUACAAAAAGAGAUUAAUGAUCUCACUCAAGGAGUAUUGGAUAUGACUGAUAGUAUUCACAAGGCAGAACAAGAUAGACGUUUAAUUCAGUUCCUCAUGGGACUGAAUGAAGUGUAUACAGUAGUAAGGGGAAACAUUCUCAUGAUGAAUCCACUCCUUUCCAUGGCACAAGCAUUCUCUCUAUUGAUCCAAGAGGAGAAACAAAGAGAGUUCAAGCCAACUGGUCGGAUGCCUAUGGAUGCAACAUCUCUGAAUGUAGGUGCCUUCAACAAUAAAGUCCAAGCAGGGAUAACUUUUAGUACAAAUUAUCAAAAUAACAACAGUGGUGAAGGAGGUAAUUACAAUUCAGGAGGAACUAGUUCUUAUCAAGGCAGUAACAGUGGGAAGAAUGCCAUGUUUUGUGAUUUUUGUAAGAGAACAGGACACAUUAAAGCUAAGUGUUACAGGUUGCAUGUCUAUCCUCAGAACAACAAUCAAAACCAGACGCCAAAUGGAUACAACAAUGGACAAAAUUUCAGGCAAAACAAUCAGCAUUACAAAGGAAAAAGAGUAGUAGCCAAUGUGCACAGUGAUACUUCUGAUAUGAUGUCUACUCAUGGAGAUGAACAACCACAAGGUAACAAUCAUCAAAAUGCUAAUAUCACAAAGGAGCAGUAUGGGAAAAUCAUGGAUCUGAUACAACAUUUCCAAAAUGAGAACAUGGGAGAAGAUCAAAAUGUUGCAGGUGUCAAAAAUAGCUCCAUGAGCUUUGCAUGUAUUGUAGCCCCUUCAGUGAAGAGGCCUCAGGCAAUUGGUAACAACAAGGAUGGGCUAUAUUUUUUGUGUUCAAGCUGCCUGAGAAAUACCAAUAGAGUCAAUGAAAGUUCAAUAUUUUGUUGUCAUUCUAGUAGUAGUAAUAAUAAUUCUUCAUUCUCUGUUAAAAGUAGGGAAUACAAUUCCUCUGUUACUAAGUCUUGUCAUGCAAAUAAUUGUAGGGAGUUUGCUACUAAUGGUCAUGUUCCUCAUAUUGUUCAUAGUCCACUUGUAUGUACUUCUACUUCAAACAAUAAUGAGAAUAUUCAGUUUGAUAAUCACUCUUGUAAGUUUGCAAAGAACAAUGUAGACUUGUUGUGGCAUAAUAGACUUGGCCAUGUACCUUUUGCUAAGAUGAGAAAUAUCUCCACUCUUCCAACCAUUCUUUCACAAAAACAGCCCUUCCUAUGCACCAUAUGCCCUAUGGCAAAACAAGAAAGGUCUGUUGAGUCUAUGUCAUCUAGUCCUAAUCCUAGUGGUUAUACUGAUUCUAGGUUUUAUGACAAUGAUGUAAAUGAUAAAGGUCAAAUGCUUAUUGAAAAUGUUUGUCAUGAUAGUGAACCAUCAUCUUAUGAGGAGUCAUCCUUCAGCCCUGCUUUGCAAAAUGCUAUGACACAGGAGUUUGAGGAACUUUAUGCUAACAACACUUGGGAUGUUGUUAAAUUACCAGUGGGAAAGCAAGCAAUUGGAUGUAGGUGGGUGUAUAAAGUUAAACAUAGAGCAGAUAGAAGCAUUGAAAGAUUUAAAGCUAGGUUGGUUGUGAAAGGAUAA